ACCUCUCUUUCUUUUUUCUUCUCAAUUUCACAGAAAAAAAAUAUAAAUAUAAAUUAUAUAUAUAUAUAUAUUUUUACUAAGAGAAACCAAAACUGAGUCUGAGACUCUUACAGAGAGAGAGAGAGAGAACCAUCUCAAACAUCUUUCUUUCAGUACAUAUCCAGGAAAGCUCAAAACCCUCGAGAAUCAAAUUCACUGUCAAAUUUACUUAGAGAGAGAGAGAGAGAGAGAGCUUAAAAAGAUUAAGAUUAUCAUUAUUAUUAUUAUUAUUCCUAUUUUUGUUUGAAUUUUAUUACGCCAUUUUUGGUUCUCUUCUGAGGUUUUUCUUCGUUGGUUGUUUCCAUGGAGAUAUAGAGAUCUCUCUUGUCCUUCUACAAUGCCCACUUUGUAGCGGACAAGGGUUUCGUCGGAUCAUAACUGGAACUGGGUAUUCUUCGAAUUUGGGGGAAUUUGGGGAUAAUUAGGGUUUUGAUCGAACUGGGCUUGCUUGAAUAAUCAGCUUUAGAUUGGAGGAGUGAGGUUUCGAUCUCCUUCAGUGGGGGGUUUCGACAGUGCUGGGUUUGAGCUUUUUAAGCUGUGAAAGUUGUGUAAAUUGAGGACAAACAUUGUUGUUUACGAGGAUUGAAGGGGAUUGGAUAGGAGAGUGAUCAAAGAGUUGGCUUGGAGGAGAAAAAGGGUUUUUGACGUUCUUCUUCUUCAGGGGGAUGAAUUUUGUAUUUGGUAUCGGUUAUAAGGAGGAGCUAAUGAUUAUGUAUUGGCUCAGAAAGCAGCAUCGAGGAUCAUAUAAUAACGGACCAUUUUGUUUCUGAGGAAACCUUUUGGAUUAACAUAGGUGAAUAGAGCUCUUGACCAGAGAAAGCAUUUCAAUUUUUUGUUUUAUCUGGGUUCGAAGCAUUGUUGAAGUUGGUCAUUGUAGUGCUGUAUUUGAUUUCAUUAAGUUGUUGCAUUCCCCUCCUUUUAAUUCGUGAAGUAAAUUACAGUGGGUUCUGCUGCUCCUCUGCACAGUUUUUAAUUAAACGGGACUAAGGAAGUUAACUCUGUAGUUUGUGUCUGUUGAAGUGACUGAGAGAAGUUAAUGGAGGAAUAUUAAUGCUGGAAAUGAAUGCGGGGACAUGGUGCAUGGACAGGAGCAUAGUUGUUGGUUCUUUCCCUUUUCGGAACAGUGCUACUGGAAAGUAAUAUCAACAUUUUCUUCUGUGGAAGGCACUCGUGUUGUGUGUUGUGGGAUUCUGUGCAAUGUCGCGCUGCUUUCCGUUCCCGCCACCAGGAUAUGAAAGGAAGGCUAGGAACAAUGAAGAGGAUUUACUAGAAAAGGAGAAGCACCGAGAAAAAAAGCAUAAGAAGGAUAAAAAGGACAAAGAUAAGAGAGAAGGUAAGGAAAAAAAAGAGAAGGAUAGAAGUGAUGGAAAGCAUAGGGAAAAGAAAGACAAAAAGGAAAAACACAAAGACAAGGACAAGGACAAAAAAAGGGACAAGGAGAAAGACGGGGAUAAGACUAAAGACAAAACAAAGGCUUCGGAUGAAAAGAGACUUUCAGGGAAAUCUGAGUCUCAUGGUGGAGAGAAACUCAUUCAGAAAGAUGUCAGAGACAAAGAUAAUAGUGUUGAUAAAAAGUUCUCUGGUAAAAUUGGAGGCAAUAAGGCAGAGAAGCUCACUCAGAAUAGUAAUGGGGAUGACGAGUCUAAAGUGGUCCAGGAGUUUGCUAGGAGGACUAAAGAUGAGGCAACUGGAACAGGUAACAAGUUUGAGAGUUUUUCUGUUGCAGAUCGGAAAAAGGAUGAGGGGAUGGUCAGAUUGGUGGCCAAGGAUACAAGCACUUUGGCUGCAGGCAUGGAGGUUAAGAGAGCUGAUCACAAAACAACAGAUGGGCAAGGAACCAGGGAUGGUACAAGACCUGGUGGAAAUGCGAUGGUUCAGAACACAACUGGAAUGGUACAAACUAAAGUUGAAGCCUUGCCCAGACUGUUGGAUAAGAAUGCUGAUACGAAGAUGGGUGGUGGUAAUGAGAAGACAAAAGACAAAGAGAGUGAUGAUAAACGUGGGGUUAAGAGGAAGGACAAAGAUAGAGAGAAAAAGAGUCAUGGAAAGGAUAAAGACAGGGAUAAAGAUAAGAAAAAGGAAGAUAGACAGAAGAGAAGGGAGGAGAAACAGAGGAAAAAGGAGGAGAAACAGAAGAAAAGAGAAGAUAAAGAGAAGAAGAAGGAGGAGAAGGAGAAAGCCAAGGAGAAAAUUCAACCUAAGACCACAGAGCUGGAUACUUUAAGAGAAAGCAACAAACACAACCUCAAUAAUCAUACAACCAAAACCCCUCAACUUCCCAAUGACAGCAACAACUGUGUUACUAUUAGUGGAACUCCAAAGAAGAGGAAGGACUUUGAGACAAAUGGAGUUACACAUGCCCAUGAUAGUUUGCCUGGUAAGUUGCCAAGGCCUGCAUCAUCUUCUUAUUCAUCAAGGGAAAAUGGAAGGAUACUGGAACCCUGCCAAAUUUCCACCGAUGCAACAGAUAGAAAGGGAGCAUCUAAUAGUCUCAAGAUGGACAAUAAAGACAAAUCAGAUAGAAAAGGAGCAUUCAAUAAUCUCAAGAUGGACAAUAAAGAUAGGAAGAUAAAUGGUGUAAUAGAAACUCAUUCCUUGUCAAAUUCCACGAUGAAGCUUAAGUCUGCAAAAGCAGUAGCUGAUCCAAUAGCUGAAGCAUCGGUGAGACCACCCGAUCCAGAAGCUCGGCCAACAUCUGCCCCCCAUAUGAAGCUUAAGUCUGCAACAGCAGUUGCUGAUCCAAUUGCUGAAGCAUUGGUGAAACCGCUCCAUCCAGAAGCUCGGCCAUUGUCUGCCUCUCCUAAGAAGCCCAAGUCUGCUACAGUAGCAGCUGAUCCAAUUGCUGAAACAUUGGCAAGACCACCCCAUGCAGAAGCUAAGCCAGUGUCUGUCUCCCCUAUGAAGCCUAAGUCUGCAACAACAGCACCAGUUGAUCCAGUUGCAGAAGCUUUGGCCAGACCGCCCCAUCCAGACUCCAAGUACAUUAGCCAGAUUUAUUCGGUACCAAAUAUGGAAGAAUGGUCUGACCAUGGGGACGAAGAAUGGCUAUUUGACAGCAUGGCUUCUGAACCAAAGAAGGCAAAGGUGAAACCAUCAACUGUUGAGGAGACACCACAGGUGUGGUCGGAAGCUCAGCAGAUAGAAUCAGCUGAUAUAUUUGCUCUGCCAUAUGUUAUUCCUUACUGAUUGGUAAAUCAAAGGGGCAUGCUUUACCCUCCUCCUAACUGAUCUGAUGUGGGCAACCCUUAAAGGUACACACAUACAUGAGGCCCUUGAGACGGGCUUUCUGAUUUGUUUCUACAUUCUUUUGUUAUUACACUCUGCAGUGAAGUGAGCAUAGUGUGAGUGGUUGCUCUCUGUCACCAAGCUGUCUGAAAUCGGAAUUUCGGUUCACCCAUCGUAUAGCGUGCUCUGGCAUGGCGGCUGGCGGCUGGACUCGGAGAGUUGGAGGCUGGUUUUCCCGGCGUGGUAUUGAACCCACUAAUUCAUUCAACAUGGAAAGUUUUCAUAAAAGAAGAGGCAACUGAGUGAGAGUUGGUUAGCGAGAGAUGUAUAAGCUUUGUGCAAUUUUAUUUCAUUUUGGUAGAGCUGAGCUCUUUCUAAUUGAGAGAAUAUAAGAGAAACUAGAUAUGUGGUAUUUGCAACUCCACCACAAUUUUGAUUUGUAACAUAGGACUCUCUUAAUUACCAGAAAUGUAAGAUAGAGGGAAAGAAGAUAAAAAAAAAAAGUAGUCGCAUUCAUUUA